AUGUCAGGGAAACGCGAAAGGCCGGUUGUAUCCCGGCAAUGGAGCUGCAGUGAGUUGGUGGAAGGGCAUGGUGAGCUCUUGGCCGCCAAAAAAGAACGUGAAAGUGAUGAUGAACUUCAACUGAAAAUAAAGGAGUAUGAAGAAGAACUUGCUCGACUCAAAAAUGAAGUGGUACCCCAAAUAAAAGACAAGUUGUUCUUUCAUGUUAAGGCACCAGAGGCGAUGCUGCCCAAGAAUCCCAAGGGUAAGAAGAAGGAGCCAAAGGGGACUACAACACCUCCUCCACAGACUCGACCAGUCGCUACCCCUGUCCGUCCAGGUCAAGUGCAAAGCUCGUCAGUGCCCUCUCCGCAGGGUGCCUCUGGGAAUCCAGCGCUUCAAAAGCGCCAGCGUGGGAAGCAGCCUGAUCCGGACAAGGAUCGCCAAAUUGAGGAGCUUAAGAAGGCGGGUGCCAAGAUGCAGGCUAGGUUGGAGGCCCUCACUUCGGCAUCUAGCAACGACCGGUUUCAAGCUGAUGCCAAAGAUCCCCAAACCAAGAAGGCUGCUGCUGCGAAAACCAAAGCGGCAGCACCGGCAGCACCCUCCACAGAAUCGGAAGAUCUCUCUCAUGCUGCUAAGAUGGCAAAGCUUAGGAGAAUGUGUGAGAGGAAGCCGUCUGGAAAAAUCAAGGUGCCAGAUGAUGUUCACAAGCGCUGGGUAGCUAACGAGGGAGACGAUCGUGAGAAAAUGUUGGAGUUGCUGGAAGACUCAAACUGGGACAAGGACUGGAAAGACCGCUACAACAAGAAGUUGGAGAAGUUUCAUGUUGUGUUUGAAGAAGGGGACGAAUCAGUUUCUGAACUUGAAGAGGUGGAACGUCAGGAGCAAGAUGAGGGAGCUGACAGCCCGGUGACUUUCAAGUUGCGCGAGAAGAAGACCAUGGAUCCUCCGGAUUUGGUCGGCUCGGAUGAAGGCUCUGGGGACGAGUCAGCGAAUGAGAAGGAGGCAAAACAAACCAAUGGCCCCAAACAGGAGUUUGAGCGCUUCAAAGCGUUCACCUCUUCGCUGUUGAGUCGAGCUUCCAAGAUUGCAGACAUGAUUUCCGAGCUAGAAGCUGCCACGGAAGCUGCUGGGAAAGGGCCGGAGACAGCUGAUGGGAAACGUGUUGCAAAGUUGGUGACCAGUUUGGAAGAUGCUAUGGGGAAAACGAAUGCCCAGCACCAGCAAUGCGAGUGCAUCAAGGCGAAGGUGGCCAAGUUGCCCAAGUUGAAAGCUGAAGACCCAAAGGCCUUGCAGCCCCUUGGUGUUGCCUCAUUGCCCCAUGAUCUCAGUGUUAAAUGCAGGUGCAGUUCCAUCAUGGCCAUCGAAAAUGCGGCAAGGAGUCUUGCAUGA